CUCCCCAAUUUGUAAAAUAAAGAGUUACUAUGAGAUUCUAUAAUGAUUUUCAUUAUUCUAAAUUAGUAAGUCCAAUGCACUUCCAGUAUUGGGGAAGAGAGAGAGAGGGCAGGCAGUGUUUCUUGUUGCUGCAGGUACAGACAUCCCCCACUGCUCCAUCCUUCCUCCCCAGUACACCCACACACUGCUUUCUUCUGGGCUCAGGAAACAGAAGCAGAAGCUUUGCUUCUCUCUGGCGCGGGCGGCUCCACAGCAGCCUGACCAGAGGGAAGGAGGGAGGAAGGGAAGGUAGGUAACUGGGGCUGCAUUACAGGAAUCGAAGAAGAAAUAUCAAUUGGGCAACAAUUUUUCUCUUCCUACAUUUUGCCCGCUCCAAAUCCUACCUCCCCUAUACACCUCAGUUGUGGGGAAAGGGAAGUGAUUCGACGUCACUGACUCUGACAUUUCAUUCACCAAAUGCAGGGUGGGGGUGGGGGGUAGGGUGGAAGAGAAGUUCUGGGUAAGUCCUUCUGUCUUUGCCAAAGCCUGGGGAAAGCAGUUGGAAAGCAGCUGAUGCUCUGCCCACUUCGGCCAGACUAUGCCCCCAAGCAGUGCUUAGCGAUCAACCAAGGCAGUGGGGAAGCGAACUGGCUCUCUCAGCUUAUUGAGAGCCCCUCCCUCAUAACCCCAUCCCUAUCCUGGCACAAGAUUUAAUCUUUGGCAUAGACGCUUGACUCAGGGUAUGGAUCAAGGCAGCCUCACCAAAAAAAUUGCUCCAAGUAAGAAUACUUAUUAUGAAAAAUGAAGAAUCUACUGUCAAUGAAAAAUUCAGAAACCUGGAGUACUAAACGGAGCAACCACUCUCAGGUCACAUAGAAAGAAGUGGAAAGACAAGAGGAAAGGUUGCCAUGUUGUAUCCUCUGGGAUAAUGCUGUUUGGUCAGCACCAGUUAUGACGUUCAUUGAGGUGUGGUUGCUACUCUUCUAUUAAUCUGGAUCUGGUAAAAUGGAUGAAACCACAGAACUGAGGACGGAUGGAAAUUCACUCUUAAAAGCUGUAUGGCUAGGAAGGCUUAGGCUAACAAGACUCUUACUGGAAGGGGGAGCCUACAUUAAUGAAAGUAAUGACAAAGGGGAGACGGCACUCAUGGUGGCAUGUAUCACUAAGCAUGUAGACCAACAGAGCAUCAGUAAGUCCAAGAUGGUAAAAUACCUGUUAGACAAUAGAGCAGACCCCAAUAUUCAGGAUAAAUCAGGAAAAACUGCUCUGAUCCAUGCUUGUAUUAGGAAAGCUGGAGGAGAGGUGGUUUCCUUGUUACUGGAAAAUGGUGCUGAUCCUAGUUUAGAAGACCGUUCUGGAGCAUCAGCUCUGGUUUAUGCCAUUAAUGCUGAUGACAAGGAUACUCUGACACAUCUCCUAAAGGCCUGCAAGGCAAAGGGGAAGGAGGUGAUAAUUAUCACUACUGAUAAAUCAUCUUCAGGCACCAAAACAACUAAACAGUAUCUUAACAUCCCACCUUCACCGAAGUUUGAAGAUAGGCAAUCACCUGCUUUGUGCAUGUCCCCAUCUGAUAUUGAAUUAAAGACACCAAAUUUGGGAUCCCCUCCCAGAGAAAAGGAAGAUGAUUUCUUUAGCCUUCAUUCAGGGCGUUCAAGUGGGUGCCAUUCUAUAAAGGUUCCCAGUGAAGCUUUGUCACCCACCAGAAAAGUAGGUAACCUCAAAAGAGCCCGCUUGCCCCAGUUGAAAAGGCUACAGUCAGAACCCUGGGGCUUGGUUGCACCAUCUGUGCUAGCAGCUUCUUCUCAUCAAGAAGAGACCAAAAGCGUCUGUGCAGAUGAUGAAAUCAUCAUGGGCAUCAAUGACUUGUCCUUCCCCAAAAGGGCACCCCUCUCAAGGAAUAACAGCAUUGAAGGCAAAGACUCCACUCUCUUCCCAACUGUUAAUGAUCAAGUUUUGAAGAUCCCAUCCACUUCUGCACCAGCAUCAUGGAAAGCAGCCUAUGAGAAAAAUCAGCCCAUUCAUCAGCGCCUAGCCAGAAGGAGUACUCUUCCUGCUGAGCAAGAUAAUUCAAGCAUCACCACCUCCGGAUCAGCCACCAUUAAGGAUUCAACUUCUCUCAGAAGGUUAGAAAAUGGUCACUAUGAUUCAGAUAUACAGCUCGGUGGUGACUCAUCAAAUUCCAUGUCCCUUGACAGUAGUAAAGUACCAUUAGAUAGGAAAAAACUCAACAGUUCUCACUUGGUUUUAUUUAAUGGCUCUCGGGAAUCUCUUGAUGGGGUGCCUAGCACUUCCCCAGGCUCGGUUCGUCGCAGACCCCCCAAUUUGUUGGAAAGACGGGGUUCUGGAACUCUUUUACUUGAUCAUAUUUCUCAUACCAGGCCUGGAUUUUUGCCACCUUUAAAUGUGAAUCCUAAUCCACCCAUUCCUGAUAUCAGGUCCAGCAGUAAACCUUCUUCUCCACUUGCUAGUGGCUUAAAACCUAUGGUCCCUGUUGCUCCAAAUUCACCAAAGAGAGUUGAUUUAAGAAAUAAAAAGAAGCUGAUCAGAAGAUAUUCUAUGCAGGUUGAACAGAUGAAGCAACUAUCAGAUUUUGAAGAAAUAGUGACCUAGUAGCUAUAUUUCAGAUUUUUUUCCAAAAACAAAAACAAAAACCAGAAAACUUGUAAAAGGAACUAUAUUUUAGACCAGUAAAAUAAUGUAGAUUGUUGCUACACAAAAAAUAUUCCUUAAUGUUAUUCUAUUGCUGCUUCAGAAUAGAUACAUAUAUGUGUAUAUGCAUAUAUACAUUUGACUAUGUACUUACAUCUAUACAUACACAUGUGUGAUGUGCAUAUAUAUAUAACAUAUAUAAUACACAUGUAUGAUGCUAUUUCACCAUUAUUGAAAUCAUCAUUAGGUUUUUUGAUGGUCCGCUGUAGCAUGCAGUAAUUUGGAUUUUGAGAUGGUUUAAAAAUGUUUUUGUUAUGAAUGGAAAAACCUUUGAAUUUUGAAAGCAACAUUUCAAAAAUUGUUAUUUGAGCCAGUAACUCCAAUCAUUUUCUGUUUGUUAAAUAGAAAGAAAACAAGACUUUCAAAGACUGGGUGAAUUAUGCCAAGUUUAAGGAAUUUAUAAAGUGCCUAACAAGAAACUGAGGCUUUAACUUUUGUCAAAAUGUGCAAAAAGUUGACACAAAACCCUUAUGUACUAUAUCCAGGUCUCUGUGACCAUGCUAAAAAAAGAGUUGAACUUUUCUCAAAAAGAUUCCAGUGCUGUAAUGCUGCAUGUCAUUAUCUUGAAAAGUGGAGGUUUUACUGUGGUAGAGCUGACUUAUAAAAUGGCUCAUAAUUACCCAGAUUCAACAAUAUGGAAGAUCAUAUGAUGCCCCAAGAUCCCCCAAGCCUAAUAUAUCAGUUGGCAUACAAAACUAUUAUCAGUCCUGACCCUUCCCCCUACACAAUAACAACAUUAUAAAAUGUCCCUCUAUUUUAGUAUGAUUCAUAAUUUUGCAGAAUCUGGGGUGAAGUUCCUGCAAAACCAACAGUGAGGAUUUUUCAUUCAGAAAAUAUCUUGGUACAAGAAAAUUUAGGGAAUUACAUAUCUAAACUCAGAAUGAGGCUUGAUAAACUUAUAUCCUCAACUUCAUGUGUUCAAUAUUCUACAUGAUAUUAAGAGAAAUUUUUAAAGAAUUCUGCAGGGCACAAAACCAAAUGUAGAACUGAUAAUUAUUUAAUGAAUGAAGCCUAUGUACUUACCUAAUCUAGGUUCUAGGCUCCCCUCUAUUAUCCAGGGCAUCUCAAGUAAUGUCAAUUUAUCUGUUUGAAUAAGUAAUCAAGAUAUUGUGAUGAUGUAGGAAACCCAGUCUGGAGCUCAAAGUCUUGAGUUAGAAUUCCAGUUUACUGUAGGUAGUCUUGAGCAACCCUCGGUAUUUCUCUAGGUUGGGUAUUCUCAUCUGUAAUAAAGAGCAAGUUGGACAGAUGACUUCUGGGUACUUUUGAGCUAAAUUUUUGUUUCUAUGAAAAGUAAAUCCAGAUAGCUUUCUCCCUGUCCCUUCCCCUAAAACAGAAUGAAAUUCACUAGAGAAAUGGUGCUUUGCUUUUUUUUUCCCCUUUCUCCCCUUUCUUCUUCAGUAUCCCAGGUGGUAGUCUAACCAGAUUUCAGAUGAAAAAUUACUUGGUUGUCUUUCUUUUCCACACCUUCCCACUUGGUGCUUGGACACAAUUGUUUCCCAGUUUUAAAAAAAUACCAUGGUUAAGGAAUUAAAUAAAAGGAAAAAGGAGAGCCAUGAGUUUCGUUAACCACUCAAAUCAUUUGGUUUAUUACUGGUGUUUACUACACACCUCAAACAAUAGAAGCCUCUUCUUUUAAAGCAACAAAUAUUACUGGGCAGUGGGAUCUUUGGCAAAGGAGCAUUAUCAGUUAAAGGUAAAAUUCUAAAAAAGAGUGAGUGCUGAUAACUGUUGUCCCCAGCUCCUCCUCUAACAAUACAUGCUUCACAGCACUUUAUUCAUCACUGUUGUUAAUGUCAGUUAAGUCCUCAAGUAAUACUGUCUAGCUAUAAAAAUAACCAGACCCAAGCAAAAAAUAAAUAAAUAAAGUUUUAAUAGUGAGGCAGCCUGUGGUGUCAGGGAGAGAGUCCUGGUUUAGGAGUCUUUCUACCACUUACUGGACUGUGUGACCAUGGGCAAGUCAUUUGGCUUAUCUGUGCCUCAGUUUCCUCAUCUGUAAAAUGAGGAUAAUAACAUUUCACUACCUACUUCAGAUGAUUGUUAUGGGGACAGCACUUUGUGAAUCAUAAAACUCAAUAUAAAUGUAAGUUAUUAACAAGAAUAGCUAUUUUAGGGCAUACUCAGAAGAGUAAUGUAGUCUAAAUGUUCAUCUGACUAUUUUAUAUUACUUAAUGCAGGUGAAAUGUUAGCCAGAGUCAACUGUAUAUUAAGAAUAGAUUAUUGAUUUCACAGAUACAUAGUAGAAAAUGUUCUCUAGUCAUUCCUUUGCUUAUGUCAGCUGCCAAAUAUUCCUCUGACCUAUAUUUAUAAAGCAGCCUUCAUGAUAGCACAAUCACAUUCCAUCGCUACAUGAAAAUGCAUUAGCUGACCUAGACUGUUCCAAACCAUCACCAACAAAAUACCGCAGCAUAAUAGUUAAUGCAUAAACCAGCAGUUUUUGUCUGUGUUAAACAUGGUACAAGAACAUUCUCUUAAAGUAUAUUCUAGAUUAAAAUAUGCUUUUUAGAUCAAAGGUGAGUGUCUAUUUUUAGAGCCUUAAAAUUGCUAUUUGCAUUUCCUACAUACUGUAGUGUCAAUAUGGAAUAAAUAUGCUUGAGGUUAUAGUGAAUUCCAGGCCUCUUCAUGUAUCUCUCAAGUUCAAGAUGGUGAAUAGAAAGCCUAGAGUUCUUAGCUUACAUUAAUUUUCUAGACAUUCUGAAAUCUCACUUUUUUUAAAACAGGUCCUCAACUUAUUUAGGAAUUCAGUUGAGUAAAUGGUGCCCUUGCAAUACAGGCUGUGUUCUGAGCUUCCAAAUUCUAUAUGUUGGGACUUAGUAUGUGCUAAGUGCUGCUUGAGCUUAUUAUUCACUACUGUAUGCCAUUAUGUUAUUUAUUUGGGUUUUAUAAUGUGUGCAAAAAUGAUGUUUAAGUAAUCCAUGGAACUGGUUAGACAUUUCUAGAAUAUUAAUAAAGGGUUUAGUGCCAUUCUUCUAUAUUAAA